UCGAUAUCGAUUAGUUCCCGAUAGCUGGGACACAAAUGUGAAUUGAGGCAAAUAUUUUCAAAUAAAAAAGGCUUUCUAAAGAAUUCGUAUGUUUUAUAGAAUGUUCCGACAUGACAAGCUUAACAUCCGAUGAUAUAGAGGAUCAGCUGGAUAAUUUUAUCAUACGGAAAACCAAUGACCAAUCAUCAACUUAUGUUGCCCGACAUAAAAUAACAAACAAUGGACAAAGAAUUCAUGAGCACAUUCCAUUGCUUGUAAAAGAUAUAUUACAAUCACGCCCCGAUGCAGACAAUAAAGGAGCCUUCUCUCUGUUCAAUCCUACUGAACUGAAGUAUCGCAACUGCCUGGUGUACGGCUUUGUCGCAGGACGCGGAGUUCAUAAUAAAUCGUUUUACAAUUACGUUUUAGACGACGGCACUGGGACAAUUCAAUUUUGCAUCUUUGCCAAGCCAAGGGAAGAAAAGAUUAUCAAGUGCCUAUAUAGUGAAGCCAAGUCCCUGAUUGGCAGUGUGGACACUCAAAAGUACGAGAAGAUAUCAGCGACAAUGACUCGUCUCUUGGGCAAAGCAAUGGAAUAUAUCGAUGGCUCAGUAAUAUCACCAGGAUGCAAUGUCAUGCUAUAUGGACGCCCAAACCAUUUUAGGGAUCAAAUUAAAAUGGAUGUAAUCUCAUUUACCGUGGACAAUGACAGGUCGCGCAGUCUGGAGAUUGCAUUCACUGAAAACUUAAUAGAUUACUACCAGAGCCAUUCCACAUAGGUGCAUUUUUGUAUAUAUAUUGAAAUUUUACUCAAUAA